AUGGUACAGAGUGCAACAAGAAAUAGAACUGUGUUGAAUGGCGGCCUUACCGGUGGUUUCAACAAUCUCUCGAAAGACUCCAGCAAGAGACAAAUCACAGAGCCACUGAGAGUAGCCAAACGUCAAAAGACAGGACCAGAGACUGCUGCAGCGACAGACGUCUCAGCACAGGCUGCCUUUCUAACGCAGGGGUUCGCCCCGCCACCGACGUCCUUAUCCCUCUCACCGCAGACGCCCACAUUGGUCGACUUGACGAAUUCCCAGCAGUCGGGAGACGGUGAUGCGGCUAGCAUCCGCAGCACGCACUCGAUAAACUCGACUGCGAACGGAAGCGAAUUCAGAGACGUGGAGAAGGUGCGCAACGGUGUCGGCAAGAAAUCUGGCAGUCGUCCACGUGGCCGAAGACUGCAUGUCAGAGGAUCAAAGAAGCCCGAGGGCUAUGACUGCGAUAUCGAGGAUGAGAUCGUCCAAGACCACCCAGUACAAGACAGGCGGCCUCGUGGAGAAUCGAGAGAAGGUCUCAGGAAAAAGCCUUACCGUCAACCCCCGAGACGUGGUGCAGAUGACAUAACAGAGGUCUCGGAGGACGACGAGCUUGCCUUUCAGACUGGGCGUAGUCGCCGAGCAGGAGAUGACAUCUCGGACGAUGAUGGAAAGUCGCCAGUCGCAACCGCCACGAAACGGAAGCGAGGAGAUAUGACCAACGUGAAAUUUGAACAGUCGCAUCCGGCCAUCCCCAGGAACCUUGUCCUCAAAGUCGCUCGUGCCGUGUCAGGGAGAGACGCCUUCGAGGCCAAGAAGCCAGAGGAGUGUAUUCUUCUGAAGCUCAGCCAGGAUAGGAAGAGUCUCGUCGCAUUCGAUCAGGCAGGCAGACAUUAUUCGGAGGGAGGGUGGCUGGAUGUCAAGUUGAUGUUCUGCACAAAAGUAUUCUACAGCAUCACGGGCACCCAAUUCGCGGUAAUUUGGAGGUCUUCUGCUCCCAACGUAGGAGGCUUACUGGUACUCGGCUUUGCCGAACCAGGGGAUGCCCACCGCCUUGGGGACUGGGCCGAAGCCAAGGUCAAAACCUUCACUACACAGAGGAUCGAUUGUUCCCCCAAGGACAGUGAGUACCUCCGGAAGAUUUAUGAAAAACAAAGAACGAUCGCGGAGAAGUGGGAGGUCAAGAAAGACUCUCAGCCCGAUGACAUUAAGCUGUUGGAACACAAGGAGGCCAUCAAGACCGCAGCGAAAACAACGUCUGUGCCGUGGACUCAGUCGAAAACAAGUCCCCCGAGCAAUCAACCACUUCGCGGUAACAUGAGGGCCGAAGACUCAUCGCGUCCAUCGAAACCCGAGAUUACGCCAUCACGUUCUUCGAACUCGGAUACUACGAAAUCUGCCUACUUCGCUCUCGCCCGCUAUGAUACCGGGACUGAGUCUCGACAGACCAAGGAAUUGCCGCCCAGAGAAGCAAGAAACACCGCCUCCAAACGGCUCCAGGAGUCUCCUCUUAGUAUCAUCAAGCGCAAAUCCCCCAGCCCCGUUUCGUGGAUACAGCAAAACCCUGACUGGGACAAGAUAUGGAAUGAGAAACCGCUCAUUUUCCCUGCUACGGGCAAGAAUAGGGCGUCAGUCUAUCGUGAUGACAUUUCGCGGCUAGAGGAAGGAGAAUACCUAAACGACAAUCUCAUUGGCUUCUACCUACGCCACCUUCAAGUUCACCUAGAAAGGGAGAACAAGACACUAUCCGACCGGAUCUACAUCAUGAACACCUACUUCUAUCCAAAACUGACCGACACUAAAGCGGGCCGGGGCAUCAACUACGAGGGAGUCAAGUCGUGGACUGCAAAAGUCGACCUUUUCUCCUACGACUACAUCGUGGUUCCCGUCAACGAGAGUGCUCACUGGUAUCUAGCAAUCAUUUGCAAUCCAUCCAAGUUGCUCAACACAGAUGACGACGAACCUGAGAUAAAAGACGCUCAAUCUCUAGAUGAGCACAAAGAAUCAAAGGAAACUUCUCAAGAGAAGCUCGUGGGACCCUCGUCGGAAGAAGGCAUGGUAUCUACUGUUGGCGAGCAAGUCGAGCAGAUGAGUCUAGACGAGAGCCAACCUAGCGAACAGAAGAAGGAAGAGCCAAGGCCCGGGCCUGAAAAGAAGGAGAAGGGUCCGCCUACGAAGCAACGUCAAUCACGCAAAAGCAUAGGAAUUGCUUUUCGGAAACAGGAUCCCACAGAAGCCAGAGUCAUCACUCUUGACUCUCUUGGCGUCGGGCAUUCCCCUACCUGCGGCAACCUGAAGGCUUACCUCGUCCGAGAGGCCCAAGACAAGCGCAACAUGGAAAUUGAACCACCUGGAACCUUCGGAUUGACAGCAAAGAAAAUCCCUGAGCAGGAAGAUCACGCAAGUUGUGGUGCAUAUCUCCUUGGCUACAUGCGGGAGUUCCUGAAAGACCCUGACGGCGUGGUUACCAAGCUAGUUCGUAAGGAGCGGCUAGAUUGGGACAUCACGUCCCCUGCGAUGCGAAGCGAACUACGCACCAUCAUCAUCGAACAGAGAAAACUACAGAACGCCACCUUGGCGGCAGAGAGAAAAGCUAAGCGCAAGUCUACUGGACAGCCGGUCACUCCAGGCAAGGUGUCAGAUGAAUGUCACGAGAACGAGCCUGCGCCGCCAAGAACUCCUCAGCCUUUUGUUGUUGAUGUGCCAAAGAAUCCGUCGUCUACUGUCAAAGGAUCUCCGGCUACAGGCCUGCCGCCCACCAAUCGCAGCAGUCCACCGGCGAAGAUUGAGGGCAGCGAUGCAACCACUCUCUUGGUAGAAUCAGAGUCGUCGAUCCAUGAUAAGCCUGUCACUGGGAUCGAGCAAGUCUCGGACAUCGCUCAACCCGUUGAAGUCGAGCAAGGCUCGGGGGUUGAAAACGCUCAGCGGGUCGAGUCCGGUCCACAACAUACCGCAGCUUUUGCACCUGGCCCGGCAGUCGAGCGUCCCGUAUUACCUGGCGACACCGUUCUCCCGACCAACGAACAAUGCGACGUGAUGCGAUCCCUCGUGGACAGUUUGGAGCCGCCAGCGACGCCAAUUCGGGAGGCAUCGCGCACCGGCAAAUCAACUGGGGUUCAGCUCAGAACCAGCCCUCGUCAUUCAAGAACCAAGGCGGUUGAGGUGGAAGAGAUUUCAAUGCUGCCUGCACUUAGAUCAACGCCGGCUCAGUCUUCCGAGCAAAUAGCACCAGACUCUCGAGGUCCGAAAAAGAAACUGGGCAGCAAUCAAAAGAUGCUGCAGCCACUUGCGUCUUCACCAGCCCAGUCUGCUGAGCAAAGAAAGGCAGGUGUCCGGGCUCUUAAGAGGAAGCCCAGUAACAGUGAGCAGUUACUAUUGAAUCUGUCUUCUCCACCGCCCAAGGCUGCUCGCAAGGAUGAAGAGACUGAUCCCCAACCCCCAAAAGGUGACUCGCCGAGUGAGCAACUGCUGGGUGAAUUGCAAUCCUCCAGCGAGUCGAUGCCAAGGCAGAGUCACAAGUCCGGGAGGGAUGUUAAAAUACAAGAGGGCAUCAUUAUCCAAGACCCAGAACCCCCAAAGACGUCGCCACGCACGCUGACGGAGACUCCCGCACAGAAGAGUUCUUACUUUGAGGCUAGAUCCCCGCCGAGAUCUGCUAGAAAGAGGAAGCAACUCUCUCCGCAAUACCCGAGAGCAAGGGAUCGAGCGAGGCCGAGCAUCGAAAAGGAUACAGAGAGCUCACGCAACAAGAUCGAGGGACCCGCGAAUGGCUCUGAGACGGUGGAUCUUACCGUGAACUGA